GUCAACCCCGGCGGCCGCCAUGCCCGGCAUCGACAAGCUCCCCAUCGAGGAGACGCUGGAAGACAGCCCCCAGACCCGGUCUUUGCUGGGAGUAUUUGAAGAAGAUGCUGCUGCAAUUUCCAAUUACAUCAAUCAGUUAUUUCAAGCCAUGCACAGAAUAUAUGAUGCACAGAAUGAAUUAAGUGCAGCAACUCAUCUGACUUCAAAGCUUCUGAAGGAAUAUGAGAAACAGCGUUUUCCACUAGGGGGAGAUGAUGAAGUUAUGACUUCCACUUUACAGCAAUUUGCAAAAGUGAUAGAUGAGCUCAGCUCUUGCCAUGCAGUACUUUCAACUCAACUUGCAGAUGCAAUGAUGUUUCCUAUCACCCAGUUUAAAGAAAGGGAUCUAAAAGAGAUAUUAACUCUAAAAGAAGUUUUCCAAAUUGCAAGCAAUGACCAUGAUGCUGCCAUUACCAGAUACAGUCGGUUGUCAAAAAGAAGGGAAAAUGAAAAGAUCAAGGCUGAAGUUACAGAAGAUGUAUAUACUUCCAGGAAAAAACAGCAUCAGACUAUGAUGCAUUAUUUCUGUGCAUUAAAUACUCUUCAGUACAAAAAGAAAAUUGCUAUGCUAGAACCUUUGCUAGGAUACAUGCAAGCUCAGAUAAGUUUUUUUAAAAUGGGUUCAGAAAAUCUUACUGAGCAAUUGGAAGAAUUUUUGACCAAUAUUGGCACAAGUGUACAGAAUGUUCGCAGGGAAAUGGAGUGUGAAGUAGAAAACAUGCAACAAACUAUAGAGGACUUGGAAGUAGCUAGUGAUCCACUCUAUUUGCCUGAUCCUGAUCCUACAAAAUUUCCUGUUCAUAGAAAUCUAACACGGAAAGCUGGCUAUCUCAAUGCAAGAAAUAAGACAGGGCUGGUAUCUUCCAGUUGGGAGAGACAGUUUUACUUCACUCAAGGUGGAAAUCUGAUGAGCCAGGCAAGAGGUGAUGUAGCUGGGGGACUUGUCAUGGAUAUAGACAAUUGUUCUGUAAUGGCUGUAGACUGUGAAGACAGACGGUACUGUUUUCAGAUAACAUCUUUUGAUGGCAAAAAGUCUUCAAUCUUACAGGCAGACAGUAAAAAAGAUUAUGAAGAGUGGAUAUGCACCAUAAACAACAUAUCCAAACAGAUAUAUCUAAGUGAAAACCCUGAGGAAAUUGCUGCACGUGUAAAUCAGUCAGCUCUGGAGGCUGUUACUCCAUCUCCUUCCUUUCAGCAGAGGCAUGAGAGCAUGCGGCCAGCUAUACAAUCUCGUCCUCCUGCAGCUCGUACUAGCAGCACAGGGUCACUGGGAUCUGAAUCGCCAGCUUUAUCGGCACUUUCCUUGGAUUCGCUUGUUGCCCCUGACACUCCUAUACAAUUUGACAUAAUAUCUCCAGUUAGCGAAGAUCUGCCUGGUCAAGCAAAAUCUUCAGGGCAGUCGGGCAGACGCACAAAUCCUUUUGGUGAAUCUGGAGGCUCAAAAUCUGAAACAGAAGAUUCAAUUCUUCAUCAGUUAUUUAUUGUAAGAUUUCUUGGCUCUAUGGAGGUGACGUCUGAUGAAAGUCCAGAUGUUGUUUAUGAAACAAUGCGUCAAAUACUAGCAGCUCGUGCCAUCCAUAACAUUUUCAGGAUGACAGAAUCACAUUUAUUAGUCACUUGUGACUGUUUAAAGUUAAUCGAUCCACAGACACAAGUUACAAGACUACGAUUUCCUUUGCCCAAUGUAGUCCUGUAUGCUACGCACCAGGAGAAUAAGCGCCUUUUUGGAUUUGUGCUUAGAACUUCAGGAGGGAGAGUUGAGAGCCGCCAAACUUCCGUCUGCUAUAUAUUUGAAUCAAAUAAUGAAGGGGAAAAGAUUUGUGACUCUGUUGGACUGGCAAAACAGAUAGCUUUUCAUGCAGAACUGGAUCGAAAAGCAUCAGAAAAGCAGAAAGAAAUAGAUAGAGUCAAAGAGAAACAACAAAAAGAACUGAAUAAGCAAAAACAAAUUGAAAAGGACUUAGAGGAGCAGAGCCGGUUGAUAGCUGCUUCCAGCAGAUCGAACCAGAGCAGUGGAGAAGGACAAUUUGUAGUCCUUAGCAGCAGCCAGUCAGAAGACAGUGAUUUAGGAGAAGAUGGAAGGAAGAAGAGAGAAUCUGAAGCCUAAGGUUGCCUACUUUAUUAAAAUUGGAAUCAUGGAUAUAUCCGGUGAAAUGGCACAAGUUCUACAAGAAGUGAAAUGUAGGUGGAGGGUCUGUUAUGUUUAUAUAUAAAGACUUUACAAUAUGUAGACCCUAUUAUGCCUUGAUUUUUCUUUCUCAAUUAAGUAAGUGAUGUCCAUUUUCAUGUCAGUAUAAUUGCUUUUCUGUAUGCCAGAUGAAGCAUGGUGAUGCUGCUACCAUGUUUAUUACAAAAUUAUAUUUUCUUAAGGCUUCUCUGCAGUAUGGACAAAACUGUGGGGUUUUUUCCCCACUUACUCCUCUGUGCAAUUGACUGCUCUUGAAGCAAAACUUACAACUCUCAUUGGACUUCAGCAGUACACUGAAAUUUGUUCUUUACGCUGCAGUAUGGAGAAUACCUUGCUGGAAAUAAAAGUGGAUGACCAAAUAAGACAGUGCUAAGCUUUACCUAAUUUGUUGCACAUAACUGUUUUAGAUUUAGAAAGAAAAAUCCUUAUUAACAUCAGUGAGCUGUGCAAUAGUUCUAUACAGAAAGAUCUCUUUUGUUUCAUAUUGCACUGUAUGAUACUGUCUUGAUUUUUUUGGUGACUAUAAUGCUGAAAGACUUCUUUCAACAGGAGAAAAAAUACUGUCAGACCUAGAUAAGAGCUGAUGAGACAUAGUUGCACUUUGCUGCAUGAGGAAUGUAUAAAACAUUCCUUAUCAAAUGAUAAGAAUAAUGUAUAUAUUCUUGUAGCACAAGUGCCAUGUUCGUAGUUU